AUGGCCGAUCCCAAUGCAAGCCUGUCGCCUCUGAGCCGGUCAGACGGCUCUGCUACUUACAACUGCCCAGCCACCGGGGUCCAGAUUCUAGGCUCCGUCACCGGCCCCGUCGAACUGCCCGGUCGCCGCGAUGCGCAGAGACCAGAAGACGCGACACUGGAGGUUCUGGUGAAACCCGGCACUGCGCAGAGCGCUGUUGGAGAACGACAUGCCGAGGGCAUUCUGAGGACCCUGCUAAGCAGGGUUGUGCUUGGGAGAGAAAAAGGAUUUCCGAGACGAGGCGUCGUGAUCACCUUGGUGAUACUGGGGGGAUCUGGGGGUGCGAAAGUUGGCAGGGGAGAAUCGUACAUCCCUGUCCUACCAGCACUACUUCAUACCGCCCUCCUAUCCCUUCUUUCUGCCGCUGUUCCCAUGUCCAUGACUUUUACUUCGGUUGCGCUCGCAGUGACAAACGCAAACGAAAUCAUCGGCAGUCCGUCUUCCAACGACUGCAAAACCGCCAAGUCGCUACAUGCCCUUUCGUUUUCCUCCAAGGGUCACCUUCUAUUGAACGAAAGUCAAGGCAACUUCGACUUUGAUACGUGGGAGCUAGUGUAUGAGCGGGCCUACUCAAUCUGUAGCGGAGCCAAGGGUGAAGACGGCGAUGUCUCAAUGGACGGGAAACAAAAUUUGGAGAGCGUCAUCAGGGAAGUUGUCGAGGACAAGAUCCACAAUGAGUACUCGUGGGCGAUUGAUGCUGUCUGA